UGAAAUUUUUAAAUUUUUAAAUGGAAGAAUUUUGAUUUCAUUUUUCAUUUGAUAUUUGGAUUUCAAUUUUGAACGAUGGCUGGAUCAUCAUCAUCAAUGACAUCGACUGUUUCGACGAUGCCGAAAAAAUUUCCUAUCAAUCCAUCCAUGUUUUUAUCAAUAAUAAUCAUUACGAUUAAUCAUCUUCAUUAUGUUAAUUGUUUAUUACCAAAUGUUGUCAAAAUAGGUGGCCUAUUUGAAAAUGGUGAUGAAUUAGUUGAAAUGGCAUUUCGUGAUGCAAUAAUACGAAUAAAUUCUGAUGAAACAUUAUUACCACAAACACGUAUUGAACCAAUUAUUGAACGUUUAGAACCCUGUGAUAGUUUUCAAGCUUCCAAACGUGUUUGUAGCCUAUUAAGGCAAGGUGUUGCAACAAUAUUUGGACCACAAUCAGUUGAAACAACCGCUCAUGUACAAUCAACAUGCGAUGUAUUACAUAUGCCACAUAUGGAAACAACACAAUGGAAUUUUAAAUUUGAUGAUCCACCAUUUCAUCAUUCGGUUAAUCUUUAUCCACAUCCAAUCGGUUUGGGUAAUGCAUUUCGUGAUUUAAUAACAUUAAAAAAUUGGAAAAGUUUUGCCAUUCUUUAUGAAGAAAAUGAAGCAUUAGUACGAAUGCAAGAAAUAUUAAAAGAUCCAUCAUUAAAUGAAAAACGUAUUGUCGUCAGGCAAUUUCCAUCGGAUGAAUAUCGUACAACAUUUAAAGAAUUACAUAAACUAGCCAUACGUAAUAUAAUUGUUGAUGUACCACAUGAACAUAUAUUAACUGUAUUAAAACAUGCUCAACAAGUUGAUAUGUUAUCAGCUUAUCAUAAUUAUUUUUUCAUAUCAUUAGAUGUACAUACUGUUGAUUUAGAAGAAUUUCAAUAUAGUGGCCUAAAUAUAUCAGGUUUUAGUUUAGUUGAUUUAUCAUCAAAAGAGGUAACACAAAUUGUUCAUAAAUUUCAACAAUCUCAACAACAACAAUCACAAAUACAAGAUGGUAUUAUUGGUACUGAUGAUUCAAAUACACGUUAUCAUUGGAAUCCAAUGGAUACAAAUUCAAAUAAUAAUAUGAUGAUGUCAAAUGUUGGACAUAAUCAUCAUAAUCAUCAAACAGUUGUUGAUAAUACAAUUUUUCGAAUGGUAUCAUCGAAUAAUUUUACUACGGAAGUUGCUCUUGUUUAUGAUGCUGUUCGAUUAUUUGCUCAAACAUUAUAUGAAAUUGAUAAAAAUGGACAACAUUUUCAACAACCAGAUGAUAUUUCAUGUGAAAAUGAAAAAAUCUGGAAAUUCGGUACGGUUAUGUCGAAUUAUAUGCGUAAUAUCCAAAUGGACGGUAUAACUGGACCGAUAAAAUUUGAUUCAACUGGAUCUCGUUCAGAAUUUAAGCUACAAUUAUUAGAAUUAACUAGAGAAGGUUUAAAACAUGUUGGUGAUUGGCAACCAGAUGAAAAAAUUACCUUUAUGAGUAAUUAUACAAAAGCAAUGACUGAAAUUUAUCGUGAAUCAUUAAGGAAUAAGACAUUGACUAUUGUUACUAUUGCGGGUGAACCAUAUUGUAUGGAAGUGGAUGAUUCCGAAAACCGUACCGGUAAUGAUCGUUUUGAAGGUUAUUCAGUUGAUUUGAUUAAAGAAAUUGCCGAUUUAUUGGAAUUUAAAUAUCAAAUAAAAUUAGUUGAAGAUGGUGUUUAUGGUAAACGUAAUGAAAGAGGUGAAUGGAAUGGUAUGAUUAAGGAAUUAAUUGAAGGUGUAAGUUUUUUCAUGUUUUUGUUUACCUGGAAAUCUUUCAUAAUUUUCUUUCGAUUGAAAUCUUUUUUGCAGAAAGCAGAUAUGGCUAUUGCCGAUCUAACAAUCACAUAUGAACGAGAAGCUGCUGUUGAUUUUACAAUGCCAUUCAUGUCACUUGGUAUCGGUAUCCUAUAUAAACGACAGAAAAAAGAACCACCAACAUUAUUUUCAUUUAUGUCACCAUUAGCUAUGGAUGUUUGGGUUUAUUUGAUGACAUCAUUUCUUGGUGUAACAUUAUUUUUAUUUUUUGUUGCACGUUUUUCACCAUAUGAAUGGGUUAAUCCACAUCCAUGUAACAAAGAUCCUGUUGAAUUGAAAAAUAAUUUUUCAAUGAAAAAUACACUUUGGUUUACAAUUGGUUGUCUGAUGCAACAAGGAUGCGAUAUUAUGCCACGUUCAUUAUCAACACGUGUUUUGGCUGCAAGUUGGUGGUUUUUCAUUCUAAUACUUGUUUCAUCAUAUACUGCUAAUUUAGCUGCCUUUUUAACUGUCGAACGUAUGGUUAAUCCAAUCGAAUCGGCUGAAGAUUUAUCAAAACAAACAAAAAUUCCAUAUGGUUGCCUUAAAUCCGGUUCAACUGAAGCAUUUUUUCGUAGUUCAAAUUUUUCUACUUAUGCACGAAUGUGGUCAUUUAUGGAAUCAUAUCGGCCAUCAGUAUUUGUUGAAUCAAAUAAAAAAGGUGUUGAUCGUGUUGAAAAAGGAAACUAUGCUUUCCUGAUGGAAUCAACAACAAUUGAAUAUAUUGUUGAACGUAAAUGUGAUCUAUUUCAGGUUGGUUCAUUAUUAGAUUCAAAAGGUUAUGGUAUUGCAACACCACCUGAUUCACCAUAUCGUUCAAUUGUAUCGGAUGCUAUUCUAAAACUUCAAGAAGAAGGAAAAUUGCUGAUGUUGAAAAAUCGUUGGUGGUCAGGCAAAGGAAAAUGUGGUGGUCAAAAAGAAACGCAAAAAGUUUCCGUUUCUGCGUCGGAAUUAGGCUUGGCUAAUGUUGGUGGUGUAUUUGUUGUUUUGGCUGCCGGUUCUAUUAUUGCCAUUAUUAUUUGUAUUGGUGAAUUUAUCUGGAAAAUGGGAAAUAUUCCACGUUCAGAAAGGGAACAUAUCGGUAUUGAAUUAUUACGUGAAAUAAAAUAUGUUAUAUGUUGUUAUGGUAAUACCAGACCAAUACGUAAAGUUUAUGAUUGGGAUCCAUCACGUAGUUUAAUUAUUGAACCAACAUUAAUUGGUGGUGUACAUAAUAUUGCAGGUAGCGGUGGUUCAGGUGGUGUUAAUAAUCUUGGUAUUUCACAUCCAGGCCUACAACAACAACGACAAUAUAGUUAUCCAGUUGGUGGUGGUGGUGAUGAUGAAAAAAAUGAUUAUCAUCUUUUUGGAACAAAAUGACAAUCCUAG